AUGGAUCAAUGCUCAAGAUUUCAAAUGGCUUGUCUAGGAACAGGUGGCGUCGGCAAAACAUCCAUUAUAAAGCAAUAUCUUUACGGAAAUCAUUCACAAGAAUACAGUAUGACAGUGGAAGAUACCUUUAUCCAGAAUUAUAAUAUCAAUGGAAACAAUAAACGCAUCGACUUCAUAGACACAGCAGGACAUUUUUUCUUUCCAGCAAUGCAACAAAUUUAUAUCUCUAGAGCAGUUGGUUUCAUACUUGUUUACUCAAUCAGCGACGCACGAUCAUUUGAAGUUAUUAAAAUUAUAUGGGAACAGAUAAAAUCAGCUCGCAAAGAUAUUCUUAGUAUUCCAUGCGUAAUUGUGGGAAACAAGGUGGACAUAGAAAACAAGAGAGAGGUUGAAACAUUCGAUGCGUUAGAAUGGGCUUAUAAUGAAAACCUUGGAGGAUGCUUUGUAGAGGUCUCUGCAAAAACUGAUGACGGAAUAAAGAAUGUUUUCGACAUUCUUUUGGAACAACUUGGAAACACCAGAGCUCAACAGACAGGGCCCUUCCGAAUGAGAACGACAAGUUUUACCAGACAGCAAUCCAAAGUAGAUUUUACCAGUAAAAAGAUGAGAAAAAUCGCAAAGAAGCAGCUUAAAUAUGACAUUGUUUCUCCGUCUUCCAAAUGUUUUCAAGAUUUGAUGUUUGAUAACUAUAGAGAGAAAAAGAUAUACAGAUUAAAAACACAAAGAAGCCAAGACUCUCUAAUUAAGAAUGACAAGCAACGAAAAAAAAGUUAUCAUCGUUCAAGGAGUGAUACAUGGGCGCAUGUCAUAAAGAAAGAGAGGAAAAGUAGCGUUAAAAUGACACGCAGCAAAAGUAUAUCAGCAGGAGAUAAAUUGAAGGUGCAACAAACCAAAGUAGCAUCGAACAUUCGGCAUACAAAUUUGUUAGACUGUCAUGAUGAAAAGUGCGUGAAAGCAGAUCAAUAUAAUGUACAUAAUAAAUCCUCGGAUAGAACCUCUAACUUCAUUGUCAAAAGGGUAUUGAGAUUUUAUUUUAGAAUAUUUAGCAAAACAACUAAUUGA